GUAACAUUUCUUUGUCAAGUUUGCAAUGAACUUGCCAGAGGUUAUCAUUUCGGAGCAUUUACUUGCGAAGGUUGCAAAUCAUUUUUUGGACGAACUUGCAAGCCUUCUUCAAAGGCAAACGCCAUAGCUGGCAAUAGUAGUGCUAUCAAUAAUAAUGGUAAUAAUAACAGUAAUAAUAAUAGUAAUAAUAAUAGUAAUCGAAUGCCAAGCACACGAAUGAAAUUAUAUUGCAAAAACGGUGGAAGAUGCAAUGUUCAGGGAAGAAAUCGAACAUCAUGCAAGUUUUGUCGUUUCAAUAAAUGCAUUGAAGUUGGAAUGGCACCACAAAAUUCACGAUACGGGCGUCGUUCUAAGUACUUUAAAGUUUCAUCUUUACUUGAAGCUCAAGAACGAGCUCGAUUAUUAAGCACUUAUCAGUCAACAUCUAUAACAACAAGCUUAUCACCACCUCAGUCUCAAGUUAUCAAAUCAGCAUUGCAGACACCAGUCUGGACAUUUCCUAUUUGGUUUUCUAGGGAUAUAUUAAAUUCCCGGGAUAUUUUGUUGAUUAAAAAUUCUGCUAUUUAUCACAAAGACUAUCAUAACAAUUUCAAUCAGUCUUGUCCACAAACAGAACCAUUAGAUUUGUCCAUCAAGAAAUGA